UUUCCUUUAUUCACGCCGCUCUCAUUCUAGUUUCCCUUCACUUUCUUAUCUCCACAAGAAAAACAGAAAACCAAAACUUUUUCCCACUUCACCAUUCCAUCACGACGACAACAAGAAAAAAACAAAACAAAAAAGAAAAACCAAUCUUUCCUUUCCACAGGUCUGUUUUCCAUCGUUCUCUCUCUUGGAUUCCAAGGAGAGAAACACAAAAACCAUGUCUGAAUUUUCCUUGUCAAGAACCGAGAAAUACUCUGGUUUGCCUAGUUUUCUCCUCUCUGACUUCUUCCACCUUUGUUUCUUCGUCCUCUCACACCCUCUUUACUUCUCUUACUUUAUCUUCUUCUCACCAUAUCUCUUCAAGAUCUUUUCUUUUCUCUCUCCUCUCUUCAUCACCACUAUUCUUCUCCUUGUUGCUCUUCUCAGUACUGUCUCUCCUAGCUUUGUCCAAGAUGAUUCCUCCGAGCCCGAGUUGGGUUCUCUGGCUGCCAUGUACCGAACCGUUUCGGAGAGAUUAAGGUCUAAAGCCGACGGCAACGAGGAGGAUGACAACGAGGAGGAGUUUCGACGUUUCGAGGAGUUUGAAGUUUAUAAAGUUGUGUUUGAUACGUCGGCAUUCGAAACUAGAGAAGACCCUUUUGAAGCCUUGGAGGAGGUUGUGAAAGAAACUUGCUUGGAGGCCUCUGAAGCGCCGGUUGACAAGUGUUUGAUCCACGAAGACAAUGCUGCUGUCUUUUCGAAAGAAGGGUCGGACGAAAAUUCUGCGGAAAACCCGGUUGAGAUUUCUCAUGAUCAUCGUCAUGAUGAGAAGGAAUUAUUUGAGAAGCCAAUGGUGGGAAUAGCAGUAGACAGUCUGAAAUGGUGUUUGCAAGAAGAGAGAGAGUUGGAAAAUAUGUCUUGCAAAAAGGAAGACAAAGAAGACACAGAAGUCAAGCCUUGGAUUGUAGAAUCAGAAAAAGUUGAUCAUCAAGAUCAAGAUAAAAAACAAGAAGUACUGCUCACAAGAAGCGGAUCCAAGGUGAUAGGUAGUAGAAUAAAGAGCCUAAGUAGAGCAAGUAGCCAAGAAUAUUUUGCGAGUCCUGACCGCCAUUUCGAUCAUCAGUACUCUUGGAAGUCUAGCAUGGAUCAGGAUUCUCAAACAUUUGAUUCAAGUCUUGGAAGUUUUGGCUCCAUGAGGAAAGAAAAGGAGUGGAGGAGGACAUUGGCGUGUAAGCUCUUCGAGGAGCGCCACAAUGUCGACGGCGGUGAAGGGAUGGAUUUGCUUUGGGAGACGUACGAGACGUCGGAAUCGAAAAAGGUUCAGUCCAGCAGGAGCAACUCAAAGAAGGGAAAGAAGGGUUCUGUUGAGUAUAGUGAUAUGGAUGAUGAUGAUGAUUAUGAGGAUGAGGCAGAAGGGCAAUUGUGCUGCUUACAGGCCUUGAAGUUCUCAGCAGGGAAGAUGAAUUUGGGCAUGGGAAGGCCUAAUCUUGUCAAGAUUUCCAAGGCCUUGAAAGGAAUCGGAUGGAUCACCAAUGUGGGCAGGCAUGGCAAGAAGCGGUACCAUUGA